AUGAGCGAAACGCCCGGUCGCCGACGUUGGUGGACAACGGACGAGGACCGGAUUUUGCAAGAGGAGGUCAAAACCCAAUUACAAAACGACGGCCCAGAUGGCUCAAGGAACUGGAGCGCAAUAGCCGAGAAACUCCCGGGCCGAAGCAACAAAGACUGCCGCAAGCGGUGGACGAAGAUCAGUCUGAGCAGUCGCAAAGGGACGUGGAGUGGGGCGGAAGAUCAUCUCCUUCGCAAGGCUGUGGCCAAGGUCGGAUUUCAGUGGACGAAGGUUGCGGAGAUGGUGGGGAGUCGGCAUCCAGAUCAAUGCGCGAAGCGGUGGCAUCACUCGCUGGAUCCGAAUGUGAAGCGCGGUCCGUGGGCUCCGGAUGAAGAUGCGGCUUUGCUCGAUGCUGUGCAGAGGGUUGGGCGGGACUGGAAGGAGAUUGGGCGUGAGCUGUUUCCUAGUCGGUCUACGACUGAUAUCAAGAACCGCUACGUAAUCCUCAGCCGCCGCCGCGGCAUCUCCAUGUCUAGCCAGGACAACGCUUUGACAAUCGACAGCGGCGCUUGCAGUGAUACACAGAUUAUGGAAUCCGAGGACCACAACCAAGUGGACCUUCUCAGGCCCGGGAUGGAUCUAUCGCUAGUAAAUACGCCGUGCGACUCGGGCAUCCUCAACCUAACAGCGGACGACUUGAACAUAAAUAUGAACAUGAACAUGCCCUUUACCUCCGACCUCCCAUCGUACCUCUUCGAAACUGGACGGAGUUUCCAACAUACAGAUAUAACAACAGACCACACAUUUGAACAAUACGCACAGCAAACGCACGAUAUGCCAGAUUGGUCAACGUUCGAGCCGCCACUCCCACCACCCCACUUUUCCCUCCUCUCCCCACACUCGCCAGCCUCAGAACUCGAGCUAGAAAGCUGCGAUCCAAGCCUGUUGAUGAAUAAUGGUGGGAGUGUCAGCACCAGCAGUGUGCCCGAAACCCCAGGGUUAUUAUUGGACAUUCCAUCCGACUCGAGUACACUCGUCCUCGAGGACCUACGACCCGAGACCGUGAAUCUGGUCAUCGAUACGCUGUUGCGAACGAAUUCGAAGUUCGGAAUGCGGCUGUAUAAUACGGGCUCAUGA